AUGGACGGCGGCGGUGGAAGCUGUAGCGGAAACGGCGGCGGCGGAUUCUUUGGCGGUUGCAGCAGUGGCGAUGGUGGAGCGACAUCUGCUUUUGCUCACAGCAGCAGCCACCACCUCCAUCACCUCCACCACAGUGCGCAUGCUAGCAGUAUGCCUCGACCUCGCGCAUCCGCUGCGACCAAUGCAUCUUCAUCCAGGCCAUCACCUGCAUCGACUCAAGCAACCACAGCAAAUGAUGAGGCACAAUGGUCGCUAAAGGACAUCGUUUGGCAAGGGCGUGAGUGCAAGAUCAUCACACAGAACCACAACGGACCAUGCUCGCUCAUCGCGCUUUGCAACGUUCUGCUCUUGAGGGGCGAGCUUCAAAUCACACCUCCCGAUCGGCCCGUGGUCAGCUACAGCUACCUCAGUCAACUGCUUGCCGAGCAUCUGCUCACCAAAGUGACCAAUGACGGACAUGGAGGAGAAGAACUGGAAGCGGCGCUCAGCAUCUUGCCUCGCACGCAGUACGGUUUGGACGUGGAUGUCGGUUUCGACUCGAUCACUUCCUUUGCCGCUACCGCAGGGAACGAUGGAGGCGCAGGGGAGCUCGCCCUGUUUCGGCUGUGCGGUGUGCAGCUUGUGCAUGGCUGGCUACCCGAUCCAGCCGAUGCAGAGACCUAUCAGGCAGUACAGGAAGCGCGCAGCUACAACAAGGCUACUGACGUGGUGGUCAAGGGUGACGCGGUGGCAGAUGGUGCGGUUGUGCGCGAUCGAGGUGUCGGCGCCCUGGCAGCAGAGCUUGCAAGUCAGGCUGCAAGUUCCAAUGGCAAGCGGCCGGAACGACGCGCCUGGACCGACGAUCAACGUGCAACGAUACGUCAGGCACUAGCUCUGCAAUCAUUCCUGGACACGCACUCAACUCAACUCACAUAUCACGGCUUAUUUGUGCUGGCGCAAGAGAUUCCUGCGGGCCAGCCGAUUGCGCUUUUCCGCAAUUCACAUCUCUCGGUGCUGUACAAGCGGCUGCCACACGAAGGCGUGAGCGCAGCGACUCAAGGCGCAGCACCUAUGUCGCCGCCACCGCCACCGCCGAACCUCUUCACUCUGGCUACCGACGCGAGCUUCUUGAUGGAGGAUGAGAUUGUUUGGGAGAGUCUGGUGGAUGUGGAUGGUGCAAGCAGCGAGUUUUUCGACGGAAAGUUUCACAAGUCGAUACUGCGACAAGGCGAUUACGUAGGAAGCAACGCGGACCGUCUUGGAGCCGAUGGAGCCGAUAGGGCGGGCUAUCAACAGAACGAAGAUGCCGACUACGCGCUUGCGAUGCAGAUUUACCACAAUGACCAGGAUCGAUUGGAGCGACACCAACAGAGACGGAGGAACAGACAGUCACAAUCUCAGCAGACAAUGGUGCGAGGCGAGCGCAGCCACACGCCAGCUGCGCCUGAGCUGAUGUUAGAGACGCCCAACGAGGUGUUCACCACCAUGCGAUUCGAGACGGUGCGCAGUAAAGACGAAGGAGAUGCAUUGAUCGUGUCGAGCUUGAUCCCAUUACAACUGCGCAACGAUCUUGCAGAUUCGCUUAGCAGUCUGCAGGAUCUGUCGAUCGGAGGAUCAGAGGCUGUCGCAUCGGUGCCGGUAGCAAGUCAAUCGACUAACCCAUUCCUCAAUGCUUCAGAGACGGCUUCAACACCUCAUCCAACGAACCCGUUCCUUGUCAAUGCGACGGCUCCGGCCAAGCAUCGACUGUACCAUCACAUUCCAUUGCUGGAGAAGCACUUGGAGCGUAUCAAGCUAUCGGCUGGUGCGAUUUGCCGUGCCUAUCCUGCCGUCUGGUCGAUGCCGCUGCUAGAGCAAGAGAAAUCGCUAGAGCCAGAAUCUAUCCUGGCAGCCAUUGAGACGGCUUUGGCAUCUGGUGCACCUCUCGAGAACACGGAGGGUCAGGUCAAGGGAAUUCGAGUGGCAAUUCGAAGGGAUGGAUUGAUCAGGGUGACUGAGCGCAACAUCACAGCGUUUCCGAGCACCCUGGACAAGGGAAUAGAAGCCGCUCCACCACCGAGCGUGCGGCUCGAUUCGAUUGCAACACGCGUGCGAACUUUGGAUCUGGAGCCCAUCGUGUUCAACAAGACGGACGCACGGGGAUUCUACGAAGCGGCGAAGCAGCGGGUGGGAGCGGAUCCGGGAGUGCUUAGUGGAGUGCGCAAGGGGGACGAGAAGUGCUUCGAUGUGAUACUGUGGAACGACGAACAGGAGCAAGUAGUGGACGGAUCAAUUGUGAUGGCUACUUCGUCGACAAGGCUGGUGACCGAGUCGAGUCUGGCGAAUGUGUUGGUCGAGGAGGUGGAUGCUGUUGGAGGCACAUCUCGCUUUGUGACGCCGCGAACGCAGACAGGCAUGCUGGAUGGUCUGUUACGCCAUUGGCUGGUCGAAAAGGGACUAGUACACGAGCAGGACGUGAGUGUUGACGAGCUUGUUGGUCGUGUGGACUCUGGAGCUGCGAACAUCUGGCUUUGCAAUUCCUUACGCGGAGUGUGGAAGGUAGAGUUGGUUCGUUUGGCGCAACACCACGGCGGAGCUUCUGGAAGCGCUGCUGGGGCCGAUGCAGGUGGGCCACCAGCGCGAGUCAAAAAGACGCGCUUCUCUUCGCUCGUCCGGGGCCUUUCUCGAUCCGACUCGACCAGCGGCGCAGCAGCUAGUUCGCAAAGACAAGCUGCAGAACCGCCAGCAGUGGAAGAAACAGUACGCGAACAAGUCCGUGACGAUCUCUACGGUGACCGACGGGAAAGCAAAAGCAACCUUGGCAACGCCACCAAGUUCAAAGGCAAGAAGGCGAAAAAGGGCAAGGACGACAAGAAGGAUUGCUGCAUCAUGUGA